AUGGUGGGUUUCCUGGACUUCUCUCUGCCAAGAGGCCUCUUCUCUCUCCUGCUUCUCCAGGUGUCCAUGUGGGGCUCAGAUACGUUUGUGGUGAUUGGUCCUUCGGAGCCCAUUGUGGCCAUGCUGGGUGCAGAGACCGUACUGCCUUGUCAUGUGUCCCCAGCCAUGAGUGUGGAGAACAUGGAGCUGCGGUGGUUUCGCUCUCAGUUCUCAGAGGCUGUGUAUGUUUAUCAGGAUGGAAUGGAGCAGGUGGUAGAACAAUUGGUAGACUUCAAAGGGAGAGCAGAGUUGGUGAAAGACUAUAUCACUGAGGGAAGAGUAGGUGUGAGAAUCCACAGUCUCCGAGUCUCGGACAAUGGAAUAUACAAGUGUUUCUUUAAGAAAGGCGGUGACUUUGAAGAAGCCAUUUUGGAGCUAAAAGUGAUAGGUCUGGGUUCUGGUCCUCGCAUCCUCAUGGUCGGACCAGAAGAUGAAGGAAUAAGAGUGACAUGCACAGGAAAGGGAUGGUUUCCCCAGCCUGAGGUACUAUGGAAAGAUGAAAGGGGAGAGAAGAUAUCAUCUGUCUCUGAAGAUGAGACCCAAGAUGAUGACGGGUUGUUCCAGAUAGAAGCAGCCCUCAUUGUGAGAGACAGCUCCAAGAGGAAAGUGUCCUGCUCCAUGAAGAAUCCCUUUUUUGGUGAAGAGCAGGUGGAAACCAUUUCUAUCCCAGAGCCCUUCUUCCCUAGAACCUCUCCUUGGAAGGCAGCAUUUGGUGUAAGUCUCCCUAUACUUGUGACUCUUCUGGGUGCUGUUCUGUUUUUGGUCUGGAGAGAACGGCAAGAAAAGAAGAGAGCGUGGAAAGCCGAGAAGGAAAAAGAGGAAGAAAGCAAAGCCAAAGACUCACUCAAGACAGAGCUUGCCAGAAGGAAGGAACUAUACCAACAAGACUGGAGAAAAGCAAAUUUAUAUGCUGACUGGGGAAAGGAACAGUUCAAAGCAGUGGCUGUUUCUUUGGCUCCAGACACGGCUCAUCCCAACCUCAACUUAUCUGAAAGUAGAAGACGUGUUUCUUGGGUAGAGAAUGUUCCUCACAACUGUGACACUCCAACGUACCAAGGACAAGGAGGAUCUGAAACUAUCUUCAGUGUUCUGGGUCAGGAUUGCUUUACUACAGGGAGACAUUAUUGGGAGGUGGAAGUAAACAUGGGGACAGAAAGUGGAUCUGGAACUAGAUGGGCUGUGGGUGUUUGCUCAGAUACAGUGAAGAGACAGGGAUGGUUUGUUGAAAAUCCAGAAAAGAAUUUCUGGGUGGUGGCAUGCACUGAAGGGACAAUCGAGGCCCUCACCUCCCCACCAGAGUCUCUGUCCCUGAGGCAGCAUCUCCACAGGAUAGGAGUUUUCCUGGACUGGGAUGCUGGGGAUGUGUCCUUUUACAACAUGAUUGAUGGGUCGCACAUCUACUCCUUUACUACAAUCACCUUCUGUGGGACCCUCCGCCCUUAUUUUAGCCUUCAGGGUUCUGGCACAUCUCUGACCACCUGCUUAGCUUCAGAUCACACUGAAAAUUGUCCUGAUUCUCCUCCAAAGACCUCUGUAACUCAUGUAACAAAUUGCGAUGUAAGUAUCCCCCAAGAAACUAACUCUCUAUUACCUCAAUAAAAAGUGAAGUGUUGGCACCCUUAGGCAAGUUCCCUAUCUCCACUCAAGCUGCUUAUAGGUAUAUUCUCUAAGAAAGCUGUCUUUGAGUAGAGAGUAGGUCAGUUUCGCUAAAUAUGAUUAUAGCCCUUUCAGUGAGGGAAAGGGAGAAAGAGAAGUAGGACAAGUAGAAAAUAUCUUGGGGAAUUUCCUGUAAUGUUACCCUUGUGGGCAGGUACAAAAAAUUUUCUAUCACAGAAAAAUCUCCAAACAAGUGCAUGGGCUUCUCUUUUGUUAAUGGGCUCUGUGUGUCUUGAAGUGAAUAUUUGGAAAGCAAUAUUUAAAGAAAAAAAUAUAUCUUCUUGCUUUUUUGUUUUGUUUUUGAUUAUCAAAUAUGGAAGAGGGGGUGGUUUGGGAAGGAAAUGGUUACAUUCUCAAUACAUAUCACCACAUAUGGAAAUAUAAAGAAGUCUAUUCAAGUUAUCUGAAAGAUAAUAGCUCAGCCUUUCUACUUUUUAAGCUCUAGUGUCCCCUCAGCUUCUUAACUGUAUGUUUACCAAGGGGUGGGAAUGACUUGUGUAUAAAUUAAACCAUGUCAGUAGAGGCCCAAGCUUCCUAGGAGGGAAGAGCCCUUUUAUUUAACAAUUUUUCA